ACUUCUCGAACGAGCAACAGUGUCGGAGGAAGAGUAGUCAGAGAAAUUUUAAAAGUAAAAUAAAAUGGACAGUGAUACGACAACGAAACAAGUCAGUGACAAUUUUAAGAUAACGUAGUACAGAGACGAAAAAUCUUUCCCUGAGUUUAUUGGAUUUCGCUUAAAUGGACUACACGCAGUACCCCGAGCUUAAUCAAAGACUUGUGGAGGAUUACGAAGGUUACUGUUGCGGGCGAAACGGCAACGUGUCGGUAUCACAGGAGCCGACGCCGAAGGUGCCGGAGAACAGCGCGAAGUUAUCUUCGCAGGCGAGCCAGAACAAUCAUCGGGAGGAGAACAGCUGGUGGGCGGUGGAGGAGGGCGGGGGUCAAGAGAUAAGGGAGCGCGAUAAGGGUGCAGCGGUGGCGGGUGAGCUGGCUUGCCUCGCGGGUUACAUGGCGGGGUACUUGAAGGCGGCGGGCGCCACUUGCGCCCCCACCGGUAGUCCUCAGUACCAUCCCCAUAGUCAUCCAGCAAUGGGGGUUGGUACUCAUCCACAUCCGCACUCUCACCCGCACCCGGGUGCACCGCAUCCUGGCCUACCUUCGCCGUUCGCCCUCGCUACUCACGGUCAUCCUCACCCUCAUCCCUUGGAGCACGGCCUCGCUGCGUUUCCUCAAGGGAUGAAUCAGCGGAAACAGCGCAGAGAGAGGACAACGUUUACCAGAGCGCAAUUGGACGUGUUGGAAGGAUUGUUUACGAAAACGAGGUAUCCGGACAUCUUUAUGCGAGAAGAAGUUGCACUGAAAAUUAAUCUACCGGAAUCACGAGUCCAGGUUUGGUUUAAGAAUCGGCGAGCCAAAUGCAGACAGCAGUUACAGCAGCAGCAGCAGCAGCAGCAGCAACAACAACAACAACAGCAAGCCUCUCCUUCGAAAGGAUCGCCGAGGUCGAGCCAGUCGCAGAGCAACUCGAGCAACGGUAACAAGAUGUCGACGAGCUCGACCGCGACUCCUAGUAGACGUUCCUCGCCUGUGUCUCCGCCACGAGGGAAGGAGGCCCCUGGGCCUAACUCGCCGCUCUUAUCGACGACAUCCACGUAUCCACGAUUGGGGGUGACACCGACAGGCGGCAGCGGGGCGAACAGCGCUCUGACCACCCCAUCUCCUCCUCUGACACCGGGCUCUAGCCAGUUACCACCGUCUUCUUACCCCCCACCGAUGAACCAAAUUCAUCACGGCGAGUAUGGUUUCACUUGGAGUUCAGCGUCACCAGGCUCGGUGAACCCGAGCCAAUGUUACGCCGGGCAGACUUACAAUGCCUACCAGAACCCUUACACAAGCGGCGAUUAUUAUCAGACCCAGAUCUCUCACAUGCAUCACAGUCCCCAAGGAAAUUAUCACCAUCCCCAGUACCACCACAACAUGGCGCUCACCUCCUCCAUGUCCCACUUAGCCAGCCACCAUUUGAACGCGUCCGGCCCCAACGACAUGACCGCCUCGUCCGAAUCUGACGGUUACAUACUGCCCGAUCAAAAGUAUCAGGCGAUGGUAUAGCGGUCCAGCGGAAGAUCGACGGCAAUCUUGAAUCGCGGCCAAGAGACCGCUCUCGGAUCGACACCGGCGGCGUACAACUGGCGUCUCAACUCGACGCCCAAUUGCUCCGAGAUCAAUGGUAAUAUGGAUUCCGACGACAACAAUUGAGAUGAAAUUGCGGACGAUCGAACGAGAGAACACGGAUCGCUCCAUCUCGCGUUUCUCCAUUCUUCUCCUUUUCCUUCGCUUGUUUUUUUUUCUUUUUUGUUUCUAACCGAAUUUUACGCGAAUUCUCGCGCCCGGAUAUCGCCGUACAUACAUAUAUAUAGAUACACGUGCAUUCACAGAGCAUUCGAACUUUCAACGAUGGUAUUGCAGUGCGUUUGGUGUGCAGUGGUUGCCGUAUUGAAUACAAUGUAAUUCUUUUUUGUGGAAAUUUAUUUCACCUCGUGAACGAUACUGAAGAACCGAAGGGAAUAACAAUAUCGAAGGAUGGGAUUCGCUUUAAAAUAAUUUCACGAUCCGUGGAAAGUGAAACGUUUGCGGCUGAGAACGGAUAACAAUUUUUGAUUUAUGUAUAAUCGGAUAAUUUGUCGUCGAUCUAAUUAGCGAAUUAAGUUUUCACUGGCUUCGUUUUUCCUUUUUUGAAAGAAUUGGAAAGAUUGAAAGAAUUGGAAGAAUGAGAGGAUAAAUGGAUAAAUAAUGUGUAUUUACAAAAGGAAUUAUGUAUAAAAAUCGAGCCAUAAUUUAUGAUAAUACAUUCUUCGUUGUCUUUUGUAUUUAGGUCGGCCUUGAAUAUCUGCCUAAAUAAUGUAACGUAUAUAUAUAUAUAUAAAUAUGUAGAGAGAUAGAGAGAAAAUCUCUCACAAGUUGUAUCUCUCCUAACAAAUGUUCUCCUUACUAACGAAGGAUUAUUCCAUCAAAUGCGAGUUCUCGAAUGGAAUAAUCGAGCAACGUAACAAUUUUGAUACGAUACGAUUCGAUGAUCGAACGAAAUUCUUUAUCAUUCGAACGAUUAAUAAGAACAAUUUGUCGUUUCCUUAAUUCCUAAUAAAAUAUAUCCUAAAUUCUAAACUAAA